AGCCUGGCGAUGAUCAGAGAGCCAGAGUGGAACAAGAGAGGAGCCAGACGAGGAAGUUAGGAGGAGGGACCAGUGCGGUGGCGUGGUGUGUGCCGAGAAAACACACAGUGUGUACUGGAUUCUCCCGGACGCCUUCGGCGCUGUGAAAUCGGAGGAUCUCUCCAGUUCUGGUUUUGUACCCGAAGAAGUAAUGCGCGCAAAGGGACGCAAGACUCCAGUGCUGCUGCGAACCUGCUCAGGGGCGAGUUUUUAACAGGCGGCCGUUUUAAGAAAGCCACACACACACACACACACACACCUUUGCUGUCAAUGUCAGCACAGGUAAGGAAGAGAAGGGGAUCCCGGAAGAACUCGUCGUGCCGGUUACCAGGCUGUCAUAGCCUGCAUUUUUUAUUCCAAAGCGAGCGAGCGCCGAUGGACUCGUUGGUCCCUUUCAGAAAAUAGUGACUCACUCAUAAAGUUAUUGAUUUUAACGUGAAUGAACGGAAAGAAGAUGAAGGAGCUGAGGAAGAAGAAGUUGUACGUGUUGAUGGACCUGCUGUGCGUUGUAGUUGCGGCACUGCCCUUCAUCGUCAUGACCAUCAUGUUCAAGCCGUAUCAAAGAGGGGUUUACUGUGACGACGAAAGCAUCAUGUACCCCCUAAAACCAGACACCAUCACCCAUGGCAUGCUGGCGGCUGUCACCAUCUCCUGCACCGUCAUCAUUAUCUCCUCGGGAGAGGCUUAUCUGGUCUACAGCAAGAGGAUUUACUCAAAUUCUGACUUCAACCAGUACGUAGCUGCACUCUACAAGGUAGUGGGCACCUUCUUGUUUGGAGCCUCUGUUAGCCAGUCGCUCACCGACCUCGCCAAGUUCACCAUCGGCCGCCCGAGACCGAACUUCAUGGACGUGUGUGCCCCUAAGGUCUGCACGGGAUACGUGCAGUUGAUCAACUGCACUGGCAAGCCUCAUGACGUCACAGAGUCCAGAUUGUCCUUCUACUCCGGUCACUCCUCUUUUGGAAUGUACUGCAUGCUCUUCCUAGCGCUUUACGUGCAGGCAAGACUGGUGGCUAAGUGGGCCAGACUUCUCCGGCCCACCAUCCAGUUCUUCCUGGUGGCCUUUGCGGUGUAUGUGGGUUACACCCGAGUCUCUGAUUACAAGCACCACUGGAGCGACGUGCUGGUGGGGCUGCUGCAGGGAGCGCUUGUUGCUGUACUCAAUGUGCACUUUGUGUCAGACUUCUAUAAGAAGCGUCCUCCUCGUUGCACAAUGCAAGACACAGCUGAUAACGAAGAGCCAGCGAGGAAACCCAGCCUGCAGAUUGCAGACUCCGAGCACGGCAACCAUUACAACUAUCGCCACAAUCCAGGUCCUGUGUGACAGGGGGCUGAUGCUGUUGGGAACAGAGGCUGCAGCCUGCAGACCUCAAACCUGUGUGAUAGGGUCCAACUCUGGGGCUUCAACAGUGUUUAGAUCAGGGAAUAACCGGGGUCAUCUGCGGUCCUGACUCUGUAGGCUGCCUGCUGCAGACUCCUGAUGCUAUGUGAGAAGUCCUAUGAGUGUGAUAUGUUAAAUUCGAGAGCGUCCCUAACCCUUUGUAUGUCUAUUUGAAUGGAGUAAAGCUGGGGAUCAGGUCUAUAGCUUGCAGCCUCUGAGCCCCCUGCUCCCUCCCAAUGUGUCAACCACUCACACCCCACCUACUCCCCAACCACUGGACUGACUGAGGGGAUGGCAUCCAAUCGCCAGGUGCCUAAGCCCCCUCUGAAAGACACCAUGAUGACCUCCUUUUCUCCUGUAAGAGAGAGAGGAGCAUAUUGUUUUGAAGACAUCAUUGUUGAUGUUGAAGCACAUGUGCUUAAAGCUGCAUUAAGCGAAAGACUCCAAACCCACAGCGACAAAGCUAUGGUAUACCAUUGCCUAAAUAAGUGCUUGUGUUAGCAAACAGGUUACACACAGCCCAAACAGAGGACAGUGGGCAUCCCAAUGAGAGCCCUUUCCUACCAACUGACGAUAUUCACUCGCCUCUGUGCCUUUAUGCCACCUCCUGAGAAAAAUAUGUUCUCAGCUGGGUUUCACCGAUAUGGAUUAUAUGAACUAAAACGGCCUAAAAACUGCAGAGAUGUGGGACGGGAAGGUUGGUGUUGAUUCUCAGCGGGAUUCAUAGUACCAGCAAGAAUUUUACUUACCAGGAGUUCUUUGAUUUUAUGUUAAUAUAUCGCUUAAUGUAGCUUUAACAUUUUUUCUGUUUUUAAUUUCUAUAUGUAGAGAUGUUUGUAGUGAUGGACGAAAGACAAGAAUGUUUAUGAAUGUUGGUAAAGGCACAGUUUGAUGAUUAGCUUCAUUUUAGUGCACAUUAAACUGGCUACACACUAGAAGAAUGUUGCAAAUCAUACCAAGUAAUUGAAGUGGCAUCCGGUUCACAGUAGAUGAGCUAAGUUUCUCCUCAUAUUAUGUCACGCUGUUGGCAAAAAGACACACAUACUAAAAAAAAGUCAGCUGCAGGCCACCCCGAAGCUACUUUAAGAGGAGGCGUAUAUCAACUUAAACAACAUGGGUCAGCGUGAUCUGAACUUGGCUGACGAUACAUUUUUGCCAGCUCUCCUAACUGCUGCACAAACAGGUCUGCGUAUCUACUCAGACAAAGAAUGUAAUGUUUUUAAAAGCGGCUGUAGCGGCUCGUCGUGACCUUUGACUCACGCUACACCUUUUGAUUCUAGAAGUUGAUUUCUACUCCCAGCUAUAAUUCUUAGUGUCGUGUUAAAUCACUUCCCAAGUGUGUUCAGAUGAGUACCUGACUUGUUGCGUCAUCUCAUCAGUGCCAAUUAGUCUGAAUCUGAAUUAAGUGAAGGAUAUGGAGUCUUAAACUUUAAGGGCAGAUUUAAUGUCCAGACUGGGUCAAAUUCACCCUCCACAGCAGUGAUGCUUUUCCUAAAAAAAAAUUUGAAAUUGAAUUGUGGAGUUUGUGAAUGAUUUCUGUUUCCUCUGUGUGAGAUGGACUGCAGAGGUAGAAACUAUUGAUGCAGAUAGCUUUCAUUACUGUUGGACUUUACGUGUCGUACCACUACUAUAUUGCCAAUCAAAUAUUACGCAACUUGGCCUCUAUCCUGUCUUCUUUUUUUCUGUUUUAUUGUGUUUUUUUAUUUCUCAAAUACUAUUAAUCAAAGAAGGAUGAGACAACCAUUUCAAAAAUGGUGUUUUAAUUUAUUUUAAAUACAAGAAGUUCUUUAUUUACUCUUACGAGGUUGGAAAUGCCAGCGCUGUUAAGGUUUUUGUGCAAUCACCCCUGCUUGCCACUAUGAGCCACAAAUACUGUAUAGACGAAUGCUAUGAGACAUGUUUCAUGUUGCGUGAAGGAUAUAUAUAUAUAUAUAUGCGUGUAUGUUUUCAUUUCACAUGGAGGUGCAUUUUAAUUUCCCCUGUACGGUGUGCUUUGGCCAUCGGAUUCUCAGACUGGUGGCUGUAGGAGUUGCCGCACAAACGGAUCCAGUUCCAGGUCCAAACAUAAGCCAGAUGCCUUGGCAGGGCUUUUAAAGGGCUAUUGUAAUGAUAAAGGGUUACAUACCCAACUGUGUUUUUGAAGCUAGUAGCGCUGCUCCAUUCCCACUUCAAAGAUUCGCCUGUGUUCCCUUUCCUCUUCCUGUGUUGAUAGAUGAGGUUAAUUUGUGAAUAAGGUCUCCUGUACAGAAUGCGGACCCCUGGAGGACUCGCACCAGAUCAGACAGACCACAAACCUGAUAGAAAGGGGGCGGGGGGACAGGAAGACAGAGAGAAUCUCACCUGGUAGUGAUUGUGAGGCCCCGAAGCUGAGCUGGGACUAAAGAAAGGCGGGGUACUUUAGGGGCUUGGGUGUGGGGUACCCCAUGGUGAACCUCGGCCCCUGGGGACUUCUACACAUUUAAAACAUACAUUUACAACCAGAAACAGCUGGGUCUGGUUGCGGUGAAGUGCUGUGCAAGCCCCUCUCCAGCUCCCCUGCAUCUAAAGCAUCUGUGUAUUACUGCAGCCACACUAACAGCCCCCAAAUGAGGUUCUAGAAACGUCAUGGUGUUUGAUGCCCCUCCAGCUUCACAGAAGUUCUCAGCUGGUCAUGUGGCUCCGAAUGUUGUUAUGCUUUGUUGGAUUUGUGCCUUAAAGUAGACGCACUGGUUGGCCAAUCUCCUGUUUAUACAGUAUGUCCACUUGUAGUUAUGAUUCACGUUGUUUGCUUUUUUUUGUAUAGAUUAUAUCUAUAGGCUCUAAAGCAGAGAAUUUUAAAUAAAGAUAUAAUCAUUCAGUUA